CCCGUCUCAAUCAGCUUCAAUCCUUUUCGUGAACCCCAAGCUCUACACAUCCUUGAGGUAUUCAUCUGCCUGACACUGAACCGCUUCGAUUGCGCACUCGACUCCUUCUGACCGCUUCCUCAUCACCGUGCGAGCCUUCGAGCUCCAUCCCGCCCUACAAUCCACAGCACGAUGGCCGAUGUGCUUCCAGCGAAGGCGCCUAGCCAGCUUUUGCAACGACGGCUGUCACAAGCACAUUUCAAUGCAAUGCAAGUCCAAGGCAUGAUGGCACAGUUCAACAUGGCCUUCAGACCCGACUCAGCAGCUACCAUCCCCUUACAAAUGCUCCAAGCACAAGAGCAACAAACAUUGGCCAUGCACGCGGCUUCAGUAGCUCCUAGCGAGCUUCUCAACACUCAUCCAGCACAAACAAUGAACAACUCAAUGUACAUGGAUCACUCUGCUUUUCAAAACUCUUACAGCAUCCCAGUCGGCAUGAACAACGCUACCUUUGGGAGUCUCGCCUGGCCUGCCUCAAUAGUCACCAACCCGAAUACCAUGGCGGUGCUGCCUUUAGUCCGAAAUGAAAGCUAUAGCAGUGUGGAAGGCAGCGAACCCAGUAUCAAGACUGAAGACCGGUCUCCGAUUCACCCUUCUCAGGUCUACUUCGAUGCAACUGCGUAUGCAUCAAGCCCAGAGUCGCAGACAGCGACGGAUUCAUCAGAAGAGACGAAGCCGGUUGUGUUCUCGACUGAAAUUGAUACUCUCAUGAAAGCUAUACAGAUGAAGACGCAGCCUGCAGAGCAACGAGAAGCACCAAAGCCGAAACCGGCGGCGAGCAAUAACAGAGCAAAAAAGCGAUAUACCUGCGAUGUACCCGAUUGCGGCAAAGCCUUCUACCAAAAGACCCACCUCGAGAUACAUACACGAGCACAUACAGGCAUCAAACCGUUCCUCUGUAAGGAACCAUCCUGCGGCCAAAGAUUCAGUCAACUUGGUAAUCUCAAGACACACGAACGAAGGCACACGGGAGAGCGACCUUAUCACUGCGACAUCUGCGGCAAGACUUUCGCGCAACACGGCAAUGUUCGUGCGCAUAAAAUUGUGCACACUGCUGCCAAGCCGUUUACAUGCAAGCUCGACAACUGUAACAAGCAGUUCACGCAGCUGGGCAACCUCAAAUCUCAUCAGAAUAAAUUCCAUGUUGAGACGAUUCGACGUCUCAAGUCUCGGUUCGAAGAUAUCAAAGCAGGCGACGUUGUGGAGAAGUGGGAGAAGGAUAUGUGGGAGUACUUUGCAGGUCUGUACAAGAACUGCAACAAAGGCAUCAAAGGCCGAGGGAAAGACCGACGGAUCAGCACUACUUUGCUAGGUGCGGCUCAGAGGAGGGAUAGCAUGGUCUCCGCAGAAUGCUCAGGCGGAGAAGGGCUGGCAAUGCAAGCCAGGCGAGAUUCACUGACUGGCACCAUGCACCAAUAA